UCAGUCCUUCCAGUGAUUCCCAGACUGUCCAUAGUGAACUGGUAAAGGUGUCAGCUCAAGAAGGUGGUGGGGGAUAACAGCAUGUAAUGUAUGUGUGCACAGAUGGUUAGAUAUAGAAAAGACAGAUAGGUGGUUGGCGGAACAGGGUGUGAAGGUAAUUGGGCCUCAAUCUGAAGGCCAGUUAUAGUCUCUUGAAGGUAUUUGUCAACUUCCUCAUAGUUUCAUUUACCUUUCUAAAAAUUAGGGUAGCAUUUUCGCCAUAUGAAAAGAUAAGAAAAGUGUGGGAAAGUGCUCGCCACGUUUUCAAAACUUGAUUGUAGGUCAAUGAAAUCCGUUCAUUCAUUAGGAGCCUAUGAAGCCACUGUCUGGAGCUAGUGGGCCCAGUGGCUUGUGUAGUGAAGGACUGCUGGCUUUGGAGGAGGAAGGCAAGAUGACUUAGGGACUCUGUGAUAGGAAGAUGGGAAGGAGAAAACAGGAAUGAGAGAUAGACAGAACACAGACAGGGAGACAGAGACAGGAUACAAAACAAGUAAAGGUGCUAACUUAAACUGGAAUCGUGGAAGUGCAACCCCCACCCCACCUCCCUGGUAACCUCUAAAAAAGAGAGCUGGCAUCAUCUAACAUAAUUCAUUCCUCCUUUAACCUUGUCUCCUCAAUUAAGGCUGGAGAGCUCUGCUUUAAGAUCCUUACACAAAACGCAGUGAGAGUAUGUGUUCACAACUUCUCUGCUUCCCAAUGUCUUCAGUCUCAAGAAAGAGGCAUUUCCAUCACCAAGAGGGGGGAAAAGGGGAAUACAAAAAGUUUCUUUUUCUUUACAACCAAUUCUGUGGCUUCUUCUUUAGGGGUGGUCAUAAUUAGUAGAUCGGUUUAUCUCAACUUCCCAUAGCCUCAGCUUUUGGCCAGUCGUUGGCAGGGAAGUUCAUUGCUAAUCUAUUGCAGCCCAGCUCCCACACUGAGCGCCUCAGAGACUACUGCCUGCCAAAUCUGGGAUUCCCAGGACAUCAGGUCAAGCCACAGAGAGGUCCACCAGGGGUACAUUCCACACAUAGUUUCUGCUUUCUCUGGGCUCUGUCCUUUAACAUCUGGGUUAACUGAAUCGUGCAAACAGGGUCACUAGGCGCCGAAAACAGCUGGGCAUGUGGCUGAGGCCAGACCAAACACGACUAGUUCUUAAAAACUGCUUCUGGAUAUCCCAGUGCCAAGUAGCAUGCGUCACGUCUGAGCGCCGGUAUGGAAUGAGCAAGAUCGGGUAGAGGUUGGACUUUGGGAACUAAGUGCACUUUUGAGGAGGCUUUUCACUUUUACGUAAGUUUUGAAGUUGGCUCCCUAUCAAGGAAGGAGGUGCAAAAUGACAAACUCAGUUUAAAUACGUAUGCUACCACUCACAUGCUCCGCAAUUUCUCGGAGACAGGGAUGCGUGGGAAAACUCAGCAAAUCCGAGCUCAGCUUUACUGUAAGAGUGGCGGCCAGAGCGGCUUAGCGCCUCCCUUGACUUUCGGAGGGUGCGCCUUUCCGUCUACUGCGCCUGCGUGCGCGCGCAAACCCCAGGCCCCGCCUCUCUGGUCGGGACGACAGACGUGCGCCGGGAGGCGGGCUGCGCAUGCGCGAUCGCCGCGUCAGCCACUUGCGCGGGGCCGGUGACUGAAAGUACCGGGUCGUGUGUGUUCAUCGUGGGGGGAAAUCUGCCGCGCAGCGUGGAUCGGCGCGCGGAGACAGGGAAAAGCGUGGCAGAAAGCUCUGCCCCGGGCUGCAGGAGUCAGAGGUAGUGUUUUUUUUUCCUGUCCCCUUCCCAGCCUAGACCAUAUCCCCGCCCCGCACCCUGAGUCUCUCCUGGGGACCCCCUCUGCGCCUCCCGUUCUGAAGUGAGCCCCAGGCAAGGUCAUGAAGCUGGUGAGGAAGGACAUCGAGAAGGACAGUGCGGGGCAGGUCACCCUGGUCCCCGAGGAGCCCGAGGACAUGUGGCACACCUACAAUCUAGUGCAGGUGGGCGACAGCCUGCGCGCCUCCACCAUCCGCAAGGUCCAGACCGAGUCCUCCACGGGCAGCGUGGGGAGUAACCGUGUCCGCACCACCCUCACCCUUUGCGUGGAGGCCAUCGACUUUGACUCCCAAGCCUGCCAGCUCCGAGUCAAGGGGACCAAUAUCCAAGAGAAUGAGUACGUGAAGAUGGGGGCUUACCACACCAUCGAACUGGAGCCCAACCGCCAGUUCACCCUGGCCAAGAAACAGUGGGACAGUGUGGUUCUGGAGCGCAUCGAGCAGGCUUGUGACCCAGCCUGGAGUGCUGAUGUGGCAGCUGUUGUCAUGCAGGAGGGCCUCGCCCACGUCUGCCUAGUCACGCCCAGUAUGACCCUCACCCGUGCCAAGGUGGAGGUGAACAUCCCCAGGAAGCGGAAAGGCAACUGUUCCCAGCAUGACCGGGCCCUGGAGAGGUUCUAUGAACAGGUGGUCCAGGCCAUCCAGCGCCACAUCAACUUUGACGUUGUAAAGUGUGUUCUGGUGGCCAGCCCGGGAUUUGUACGAGAGCAGUUCUGCGACUACAUGUUUCAGCAGGCGGUGAAAACGGACAACAAGACGCUCCUGGAAAACCGCUCCAAAUUCCUUCAGGUACACGCCUCCUCUGGACACAAGUACUCCCUGAAGGAGGCCCUUUGUGACCCCACCGUAGCUAGCCGCCUUUCAGACACGAAAGCUGCUGGGGAAGUGAAAGCCUUGGAUGACUUCUAUAAAAUGUUGCAGCACGAGCCUGACCGCGCUUUCUAUGGACUCAAGCAGGUGGAGAGGGCCAACGAAGCCUUGGCGAUCGACACGUUGCUCAUCAGCGAUGAGCUCUUCCGGCAUCAGGACGUGGCCACGCGCAGCCGGUACGUCAGGCUGGUGGACAGCGUGAAAGACAAUGCAGGCACGGUUCGGAUAUUCUCCAGUCUCCAUGUGUCUGGGGAACAGCUUGGCCAGUUGACGGGAGUAGCUGCCAUUCUCCGCUUCCCUGUGCCGGAACUCUCUGACCAGGAGGACGAUUCCAGUUCUGAAGAGGAUUAAGACUGACAUUUAAUAGUUGCUUCUGCUCCGUUACUUCUCGGCAUCGCUUGACAGGUGCAAGAGCCGCGCUUGUUGAUCUGAUCGGGCUGGGAUUUCCUGUGUGUUGGUCACACUAGGGCAUGUAUUCAAAUGAAAUAAACCAAAAGAAAAGAACGUCCAAGCAUUGUGUUUUCUGAUUAGAGGUUUUUUUUUUUUUUCCUAAAUAUCUGAAAACAGCAAUUUGUGUACCUAAGUGAAAAAGUCUAUUGUUUGGGUUUGAUUCUACAUGGCAUAUUUUCAUUUCAUUUAAUGAUUCUUUCCUCACUUCUUUCUAGUUUAUUUUUCAAAAUUUGACUACAUUUACUACUUAAGUGGUAGCCAAACCAUAAAUAAAGCCAAGUCUGAGAUACUAUUUUCUUUUAGAGGUUUGUUGAACUAGUCGUUUCUAAAACUCUUGUUUCUCCGUGGUUGUUCUAAUCAUAUUUUCUGCAGACAAACAGUUGUUUUCAGGCAGUGGAGGUCUGCUCUACCAAGGGUUCCCAACAUAGUCUCAGGACCAGGACCUUAAAGCUGAGAUGAGAGCCUGUGGUUCACUUCCUGCACCUCUGGGCACCUCUCCAACCUGGACUUCAGCUCUUUACACUGAAACCCUGCCACAUUCUUUGGUUUGCCGAGAGCGUUAUUUACUGUGACUUGGCCAGCGUUGCACUUUACAAGGUCCCUGUGGCGUUCGUCUGUGCUCUCUCAUUGAGACUGGUCCAUGUCAUACGUGAAGAAAAGCAUGUUCAGGGAGUUGAGUACCUUGGAUAUCUACGUGGACGUUGUCUAGCCCUUCUAACUGUAGAUACAGAAUUUAUACAAAUUACCACUAAGACUGUUUUUACUAUAUAUGUGUGUGCCUUGGAUUGGGAGCUUCAGAGAUAGGGCAUUGCAACUUCAUCUUUGACAAAGCUCAGUUUAGCAUGUGAUUAGGACUUCUGUCUGCAGUCUGGAUCAGCGAUGCCUAUGUCAUAUAAAGUUAUUGUUAAUCUGUGGGCUUUGUGGUAUAACAUGUUUGGGGUUAUAAUAAGUUCAAUAAAUUUGUUAACUUGUUUAGAUUUUUCCUAUGAUGCUAAGAACUGGUACGAUCAUGAUCUAUCUUUACCUUCUAAAAAUAACUCAGGUUGUCAUUUCAUCUUAAUAAUUAGCUUUAAUAUUAAGACUUGUAAAAUAACUUAAUAGGAAUACAGAGAGGAAGUCAUUACAGUCUUAAAUUUAGGGCCUGGUUGGUAAUGAAUCCUGAUCUCAGAACAUAAAUUACUUCUGUAAUAUAUAUCUCUAGUAUUAAAAUGAAGUCUAAUAAACCCGUGAGUACAUUUUUGGAGCAAAAGUUCACAUUGCACAGCCGUAGCUUUGCGUUGGGAACCCUUAGUGCCUAAGCUGAAGCCCAGAGCAAUUAAACAGCCUUUCACCCCUGGAAGUGGGUGAGAAGUCCUUCUUUUCUGCCAAUUACUGAGAUAAGCUGGGCGUGGUAGCCUGUGCUUUUAAUCUUGGCAAGUUGGCAGAGGCAGGUGGGUCUCUGAGUUCAAGGACAGAUGGGGCUGUGUCUUAAAGAAAAGUCACCAGGGUGGUUGCCGUAGGCUUCAGGGCCGAGAAGCUGAUUCGGAACUUGGUAUUUGCAUGAGAGGUUGAUUCCGAACUUACUUGUUGCAGACUUGUUAGAACCUUGAAUCCGAUGCUUUGCUCGGAGCCAGCCCCAGCUUGUUGCAGCGUCUACAGGUGAUUGCUGUGUGAAAUAAAAUCUGAUACAAAUGUCAGAGCCUUUCCAAGCAGAAUUAGGAAGUCAGACUGGGUUUCCAGAUUUAAGUUCAACAGAAUAGUCUGAUGUGGCUCUAAGACCUCUAAGUAAAUGCCAGUUUUUAUGUAUAUAAAGUACAUAGGAAAUGUAACACUUAGUUUUUUAAUUAAUUAAUUAAUUUAUUAUUAUUUUUUUUUUUUGAGACAGGGUUACUUUGUGUAGCCCUGGAUGUCCCAGGACUUACUCUCUAGACCAAGCUGGACUUGAACUCAAGAGAUCCUCCCACCUCCUGAGUGCUAGGAUCAAAGGCGUACAACACCACCACCCACAGACUCCUCCUUUUCUUAAAUUCACAUUUUAUGUUUCUGUCCAAAGUAUAAUUCAUACUAUACCAUGGGAACAAUACAAAAAUAAAGAUAAAAGCAAAUUGAAUUUAAAACUCUAUUAAUUAUCAUUGACUUUUCUAAAAUUCAGAGUGGGACUUAAGUUUUGGGAAAUUUUGCCUGCUGGUCAUUAGGAUGAACAGCAGCACCUUAAUCUUAGAUGUGGUGAUGCACACCUUUAAUCCCAGCACUCUCGAGGCAGAGACAGGCGGAUCUCUGUGAGUUCCAGACUGACCUGGUCUACAAGAGCUAGUUCCAGGACAGGCUCCAAAACCACAGAAUAACCCUGUCUUGAAAAACGAGAGAGAGAGAGAGAGAGAGAGAGAGAGAGAGAGAGAGAGAGAGAGAGAGAGAGAGAGAGAGAGAGA